AUUCAAAGGAAAAAUAUGACCGGCAACUGUUGGCCAAAACUCUUAAAUACUUUCAAAAAAGCCUGUAACCUAAUUCCCGUCGCCACCCUCACUACCGCCGCCGCCGCGAAUUCCCCUAAAUUUUCCUCCAUGGACGACAUUCAUAAAACCCUAAAAACUAGCGUUUGUAUAAUCGGGAGUGGACCUGCAGCUCACACAGCUGCCAUUUACGCAUCCCGCGCGGAGCUGAAGCCGAUCCUUUUCGAAGGAUGGAUGGCUAACGACAUAGCUCCCGGCGGUCAGCUGACGACCACCACAGAUGUUGAGAAUUUUCCUGGUUUCCCCGAAGGUAUUGGCGGCGGCGAGCUUAUGGAAAAGUGUCGUGCGCAGUCUAUUCGUUUUGGGACACAAAUUUAUACUGAAACGGUAACUAAAGUAGAUUUUUCUAAAAGUCCUUUUAAAGUUGUUUCUGAUGAUAGGACUGUAUUAGCUGACGCCGUUAUUCUCGCUACUGGUGCUGUAGCUAAGAGGCUUGAAUUCCCCGGCUCCGGCAAUAAUGGCUUCUGGAAUAAGGGGAUAUCAGCUUGCGCCGUUUGUGAUGGCGCUGCCCCGAUAUUCCGUAAUAAGCCAUUAGCUGUAAUUGGUGGUGGAGAUUCUGCUAUGGAGGAAGCUAAUUUUUUAACUAAAUAUGGUUCGAAAGUGUAUAUUAUUCAUAGGAGGGAUGAAUUUAGGGCAUCGAAGAUAAUGCAAAAUAGGGCAUUGAGUAACCCUAAAAUAGAGGUGAUUUGGAAUUCUACUGUAGUGGAGGCUUAUGGGGAAAAGCUUUUGGGUGGAUUGAAGGUGAAAAAUAUUGUUACAGGAGAAGUUUCUGAUUUGAAUGUUUCAGGCUUGUUUUUCGCCAUUGGGCAUGAACCAGCUACCAAGUUUUUGGAUAAGCAAUUAGAGUUGGAUUCUGAUGGAUAUGUUGUAACUAAGCCAGGGACGACACUGACCAGUGUUAGGGGUGUUUUUGCUGCUGGUGAUGUGCAGGAUAAGAAGUAUAGGCAAGCUAUUACUGCUGCUGGCUCAGGGUGCAUGGCGGCUUUGGAUGCUGAACAUUACUUGCAAGAAAUCGGUGCCCAAGAGGGAAAGAGUGAUUGAUUGCUUUGUGUUGUUCCAUUGAAGUGGCUCUUGUACUAGAGUUGCAAAGGUCUGGAUUGAUUUGAUAUGUAUGUAUUAAGAAUUUGUUUCCUCACUAAUGUUUAUGAUUGAAAAGAAUAUA